CGAAGUAAAUUACCAGAAUUAACUUUUUGUUUCUUAAUUUUAGAUCAGACUCUUAGUCUGCUACUUAAUUUUUGAAUAGAACGUGAAUUAACUUGUUAAAUGAAACAUUUAUUUUGUUGAGUGUCUGUUAUCUUCGUUUUCCUCUUUCUCCUUUUGUUGUCUACAUUUUGCGGCUUCCCACCCCAUUUUCUCUUGGAUCCACUAUCAAAAUCGUAUGUGGCUGAUUUUUACUGCCUUCUCGGGUCCUCAUUUGGAUUUUAUUUGGGAAACAAAAUAAACGAACUGAACUACUGAUUGGAAAUGGAAUGCAAUAUCAUGUUUUAUAUUUUUUCUUCCUAAAUUAAUGUAAUAACCAUCCGGAGUUCUGAAUCAGUGCUAUCAUCUAUGGAGAAGUUAUCUUGAAUUAUUAAGAGCAGGAAAAUUGUUUCCUAAUCUUUCGCCCUGCCCACCACUCUGGUUCUUCUCUUUGAUCAUUUCCCCGCUUCUCAAGGAGGGGACUUUCUCUCCCAACCAAGGGUAGAAGUAAGCGAACUACUCCUCUCUGCUCAACCAUUCUUGCUCAAGCUGGGGAGCAAUCCCAGUUCGGUAAUUAGCUAAGGAAACUACAAUCCUUCGCCUUUUUAUAUUUCAAAUCUGGAACAAACCGGAGGAGAAGAUUGACCCAUUUGGUGACUUUCGCAGUCGCCCUCACUAAACCAACUUUAAUCUGAACUAUGAUUCCAACAGUCUUUCUUCAGAGUUCUACUGAACAGGUUGAUCCUUUCCUCCCCUGUUUGUUUUAGUAACUUAUCCUAAGGUCUUCUCACCAAGAGUCCCCGGUGACGACAGAGGAAGCAACCCGCCUGCUGUGGUAGGGUUAGGUUGGGUCUUCUUUGCAAAACCUCCUGAAACACUCUGAUGGAAAAGGUUUAAAGAACCCUAAAAUCUCUUCGUAAAGUAGUUCGGCGUAGCAAGUUACAAAGAGGAAUAAACCUAAAGUAAGAUGGCUUGUUGUGGUUGUUAAGGAUUUAGUUUCUAUACAUCUCCAGGUAGAUCUAACGAAAGAAUGAAGCGGAGUGAUGAAAAAGGAUCAAUGUAGCUGACAAUAAGUCGACACAAAGUAAUGGUAAUAAGGCUUCAUAGAUAAUGAUGAUUCUUUAUCUUAUUAAUGGUGUUUCUGGAUAAUGCAGGAAAAAUUUGCAUCUUCCACACCUUGUCUUCUCUUUAACUUGGAACUUGACACACUACGAGCUGAUCUGGGUCUUUUGGGUUUCCCGCCCAAAGAUUUACAUUUUCGUUUUCUUUCUCAAUUUAUUCCAGUCUUUUACAUACGAACAAGAGAUUACUCAAAGACAGUUGCAGUGGCACCUUAUCUGGUGAAUUACAGUGGAGCAUUAUUUCGUCAAUACCCGGGGCCUUGGCAGGUGAUGUUAAAGCAAACAGAUGGUUCUUAUGCUUGCGUAGCAGAGAGCACAACUCGUUUCACUCUGGGUGAAACUAAAGAAGAACUAUUGAGGGUCCUAGGGUUGCAGGAGGAACAAGGAAGCUCACUCGAGUUCCUUCGAAGAGGUUACAAGACGGCCACUUGGUGGGAAGAAGAUGUUGAUACGGAGUUAUCCUCCGCAUGGCGUAGUUGAAUGGCUGAAGCAGUUGCAAUCUGAAACCUUAACUACUACAUCAAUGUUCAUUGUUGACUGAAGAGAAUCCAUCAGUACUGAUCUGAAAUCGUCUUCCAAUGGGUAUUUGACAGCUUCAGCCGAAACAAAGAGGAACACUGUAAGACUCAAAUUACAAAUUAACCUAGAUUGUUACGAAGUUUAUUUUAUUCAUAACAUGGCGGAAUUGUAAUGAAUUUAAAAUUUCCUAAGCAGAUAUCUGGAUUUUAGUAAUUUUUUAUAUGUAUAUUUUAAUUAUGACAAAACUGUCUAGGAAGUUGAAUAGGAUAAGAUUUUAUUUUA